AUGAUGCCCUUUUGGUGGAGAAGUGAUGCUGUGCCUGCUACAAGGUCUUGGUAUGUAGUCUUUAGUAUUUUUUAAAUUUUAAACAUUUUUUAAAAGAAUUUUUAAAUUCCACUUCUAAAAUUUUAAGAAAUUCAACUUUACACUUCGAUUACUUUUGAACUGUUGAUGUUUAGCUAACGAUAAUCCCAAUUUACCAUGAAAUUAAAAUGUUAUUUUGAAAAACAACUUUUUGCAAAAAUAAAAAACAAAUUUUUCGAUUGAAAUUUCGACGAGAAUUAGGUUGACAAUCGAUGGAAAACGUCGUAAUCAAUGUUAUCGGAAGUCAAAUUGGAUCAGUUCUCAGAAAAAACAAAUUUAAGGCAUCAGAUUUCGAAAUGAAAAGCAAAUUUGCAGUGUAAUCUUGUUAGACCACUCUUGAAUGCACUUUAAAAAGUAAAAUUUUUCAAAAUUUUGCGAAACAAAUAAGAUUUAAAAUAGAAAUAGUGCCAAAAUAUGCAGUGUUAUAUAAAUUAGUUUGAAAAUCCUAGUAAAACAGAUGAUUCAAUAUAAAAUUUCCAGGGGCCUAAUCGUAUGUGGCAUCGAAUGUUUGUUUGGUAUUUUGUGUUUGUUGUUGAAUCUCAUCCACUUUGCUCUCUUUUUGCCUGAUAAUGAAGAAGAAUCCUUUGUUCCGUCGUUGGUUUUGGUUGUUACUCUUACUCAAAUUGCAAUAUUUUUCUGUUUUAAGGUAAGUUGCAUCAUAAUAUAUAUGCUUGAUGUUCCUAGAUAACAUAAUAAAAUACUCCUUCAGGUUUUGUUUGUGAUAGCUGUGAUACGCCGUAACGGCCGGCUGCUUCGUAUCCAGCUACUCUUCCAAUACAUAACUUGUGUCUUCCUUCUCGUAAACUCAGCCUUCACAUUGGCCGCUGACUUUGGAGGUUAUGAUGAAGAGAAGGUUUAUGCUCAACGAAACCCACCCUUAAUCAGGCUGACUGCCUUUAUGUCAUUGGCCUUUCUGUUCAUUCAACUUUAUUUGAGAAUGAUGACUGUCCCUGUGUUCAACUUCCUGAAUGACAAUAGAAAGUUCAAGUGCGACUUUUUGAUAUUUAAAUUUAAAAAAUAUAGAAAAUGGCAUUUUUUAUAUUUUAAUUUUGAAAUGAAAAAAAAUGUUUUGAUGAAACAUAAUUUUAAUUUCAGGUUAGCUUUGUACAACUCUCGAUGGCGUUACAGGAAAAGAGUCUACUUUACUUAUUGUUCUUUAAUGCAUGAAACUGCUGUUAAAGAAAAGGUAGGCAUUAUGCUUAACUAUGUAAGGCUAAGUGAUGGAAAUAGUGAGGGAUAAAGCUUACAAAGUCCCUUCCCUGUCUUAAUCGUCUAACCAUUCAAUCUUCAAGGCCAACUACAAAGUCAGGUUUUAACGGUGUCCUGAUAAUAAAAAGGUCAAAAAUAAGUUGGUCCUGAUUAUAAUACAAUUAUGGCCAUUUUAUGCCCAAACUUAUCUUAAUCUCGCUGCUUCUAGAAAAUGGAAAGAGAACAAAAUCGAAUGCUGAACGACGAAGGAUAUUCAGUGACUUCGAAGAGUACAAAGACUUCUAGUGUCAAAUCGAUUACUGAGAGUAACAAUCUGGCUGUAAGUUAGUGUUAAAACCUUUUUUCGAUUUUUAGAGCCCUAGGUGUUACUUUUAUAUUCUGGAAGUAAAUUUUGGUACUGAAGAUAAAAUUUCGAAAUUAAGCUUUCCAUGUCACUAUAAUAACAAUUUUAGUUCAACCGCCAAUUUAUGGCUACAACACCACCUUUACAUAGUCAGUCGUCCGAAAAUGAGUAAGUAAUCAAUUUCUAAUUUAAAUAUUUAAAAAAUUUUACCAGAUGUACCCCUUAUAUUACAAUAAGGUAAAAAAUAAUGUUCAACUAUUCCAAAUAAACCGCAUAUCAACCUAUUAUAGGUCCUCAAAUGAACAAGCCAGUGUACCGACCCCGUCCACGCCCAAACGCCGUCCAUCUCACAAACAUAUUCACUAUAAUCCAACCCAAUCCAAGUCCAGUCCAUCAACAAAACGACGCCUUCCAAAGCGCUUACCUCAAACUAACUAUCAGAUCAAACAAACCAGUGGAGACUCGAUUGGAAUUCAACUUGAAUUAGAUCGGAAAGACUUGGAAAAGUUUUUGUUGGAGAACAGAGACGACUUGGAAGAUCAGUUGGGAGAAGAAGGACGACGAAUAAAGGAUGAACAACAACGGUAUAAAGAAGAACAACAAAGAUUGAGAAAGGAGAAACAUAGAAAAAGGAAAGAAGGACAAGUUAAUGGAGGUUUGAGUGUGGAAAAAGUGGAUGAAAUAGAUCAGGACGACAUUGAUAAUAUAGGCAAUCAUGAAGAUAAUGCUAGAAUUCAUUCUGGAGGUGGAGCUACACGAGAUUCUUUGGAACUUAAUAGUCACAAUGAUCAAGAAUCAACCAAAAAUCAUCAGAAUCAAGAUAACAAUGAGUAUCAAGAGCCGGUUAGAUUCAGAAGACCCCGUCAAGUACCGUCAGAAGACAGUAAACCACCGUACCAUUCAUAUUCUAUAAACGAGAUAGAAGAUGACAAUGACCAAUCACAAUAUGAUAACAAUGGAAAUGAUACUGAACUCAAUCUGUUGCUACAAAACUCAAAACAACAUCAGAAUCCAUCAAAUUCACAGAACGAUGCCAAAAAAUCAAGGGCUUCGAAAAGAGAUAGGAAUCGUACUCAACGAGUACAUUUGAUAGAAAAUGUUAUGAAUCAUCAGCAUCGUACUUUAAACGGAAGCCAGAACAACAGGCUACAAGAUGGCACAGGAAAUAAUGGCAGAGCAGCUAACGUUACAUAUUCGGCUAACACUAUGCCAGCAUCUGAUAAUGCCAUAAAGUCAAACUCAAGACUCCCGGGUCAUGUGUUACGUCACGAUGAACGCUACAACAAUAUGUCGGAAUUCCAACCUUCCGAUGACAUUGACAUUCCAGAAUCUGACCGUGUUUCCCCUCGACCUAGUCCAGGCUUUGGCUUUAGGUCAGUCAGGCUCGAUAGUCGAAGUCCGGUCAAUAACCAUAUUAACACGAAGAUACUACAUAAUCAAGACCACGUUUAUCGUAGUACCAAUAGUAAACCAACACAUAAUACCUCUUAUGACAGCAAGAACACACAAAGUGCCAAUUCAAAACAAAUUCUUGAAACUUCUGAACCUGGUGAGACUAAUGCGCCCAGUAGAACUGCCAGACCUAGUCCAAGCCAACCUCAAAGCAGUUCGAGUCAAAACAUUCGAUCAACGCCCGUAACAUACGAUCAAUGGCACAAGAUCAACGAUCAAGCAUCAGAUGAAUAUUAUCAUCCGACAGUCAGCUACGCAAACCACGAUAGCCAGUUUAGCCAGCGAACUAGACAAAUCUCAGUAUCAAGUAGAGCAACCUCACCGGGUCGUAGUAAUGUCAUUUCUAGGUAUCAAACUCGACAACCAAUAUCCGACUUUCAGCUUGGCUCACCGGGAUCAGUUUUACGAUAUUACCACGAAGAAGUCUACCAUUACGGUAAAAAAUAA